AUGCCAACAACGUAUCAUACUGUUAUACAAUCAGCUCCACCAAACAAUAUUCAAUGUCAACCUAUCAUUAUACAACCAUAUACAUCGAAUAAUCCUUCAGUUAUUGUUAUUCAUCAGGAGAAGAAAGAUGUUCAACAUGGUUGUCAUUUUUUUUUAUGGUUUCUAUCAGGAGGUUUAUGGACACCAUGUUGGUUAGCUGCAUGUUUUGGUUGUUGUUGUGAAAGACCUUGUUAA